UUGUCGGCCAUCACAAUAAUUUUCUGUUGCUCCCAACUGCAGCAUGCCUCGUAUACGCAAAAAGACGAGUAACCGUGUCAAAAUCAAUGACCGACAUAAGCUCCAGACCCGCAUCCGGGAUAGUAAGAAGAAAAAGGCCAAAGCAGCGAAAAAGAACCCGCAGUGGAAGUCCAAGCAUAAGAAGGACCCCGGCAUCCCGAAUACAUUCCCGUACAAGGACCAAGUGUUGGCUGAGAUCGCAGAGCAACGGAGACUCGCGGCGGAGGACAAGCAACGCAAAAAGGACGAGAAGAAACUGCAGAAGAAAGCUGCGCUCGAAUCCGAUGCCGAGGAUGUCUCUACGGAUGAGAUGGAAGUCGACGAGGAUGGUGCGGAGGACGAAGGCGAUGCAUUAGCGGAGGUCAAAGCUCUAGGUCUCGCUCAAGGAUUCGACGGAAUCGCCAGCCUCAGUGCGAAACGCGUAUCGACUUCGAAAGUUAGGGAGCGAGAAAAGUCAAAGCCUGUUGUCGAGGAGGAGGAGGAGGAGGAAACGCCCGUUCUCAUGAACCCCGAAUUGCCGAACCUCAAAUCCGUGCUGGACGCAGCGGAUGUAGUGCUCCAGGUGCUGGACGCACGCGAUCCACUUCCCUUCCGGAGCUCCCAUCUCGAGGAGUUAGCUGCUGCCAAGUCUGGUUGCAAGGUCGCUUUUGUACUGAACAAAAUUGGCAAGUCUAUUCGAUUGUUCUCGUCCCCUCGACUGAGGCUGAAUUCUAUUUUAGAUACAUCCCCGCGAGAAGCUGUUGCUGCUUGGACAACUCAUCUCCGCACCGUCCAGCCGACAUUUCCAUUCCGGUCGUCCACAAGAUUCAUGCCUCUCGGUUCAGAGGCAAUCAUGGCGGACAAGGGGAAGGGCAAGUCAAAAGCAUCCCCGAAUGACGCAUUGGGACAAUCGGCCAUCUUGGAUUUCCUGGCCGACUGUGCAAGCUCGAAAAAGGGCGAUGCGCCGCUCACAGUUGCCGUCGUCGGGCUGACCAACUCCGGAAAGAGUUCCCUGAUCAAUUCGCUCAUACAAAAGUCUGCUCUGCCGAUAUACACUUUGGCCACUUCCUCACGCGGCCCAACAACAACCUCGUACGCGCAAGAGGUUGUUCUCGACAUCAAGGGCAAGCAAAUCCGACUUGUUGAUACUCCUGGGCUUGCUUGGGAGAUUCCAUCGGGCGUCUCAGAUGACGAGGAUGAGGACAGUGCAAAUGCUGUUAACGAUGCUCGGGCACGCGACAUCCUGCUACGCAGCAAAGGCCGGAUCGACCGAUUGAAGGAUCCCGUAAUGGCCGCGCAACACAUCGUCUCUCGCACGAACGCCGAAGAUCUGAUGCUCAUGUACAGCCUGCCUGCCUUCUCUGCAGGCGACAUGGACGCGUUCUUGUCGUCCGUGGCACGUGCGCAUCAUCUGGUGAAAAAGCGAGGCGAGCUGGAUCUGACCGGCGCUGCCCGCAUUGUGCUGCGGGACUGGAACACCGGGAAACUUCCUCGAUACACCGUGCCUGCCACUUCAUCUGCAGGCUCGGCAUCGCUUUCCGCAGCGGAUGAAUCACUGCUCGCUACGCUGCAGAUGCGCAAGGAUUUCCGCAAAGCCCGGGGUCUGGUUAAACUCACCCUCGGUGCGAUCGAGACAAGGAGGGCUGUGUUGGACGAGGAUUGGACAGCGUCUGCUGUUGGCGACGAUGAUGUAAGCGAAGAUGAGGGUGAAGAUGAAGAUGAAGAUGAAGAUGAAGAUGAUGCCGGCGUCCAAAAUGAUGACGACGAGAGUAUCGAAGAGGAAGCUGAGGACGAAGAAGACGAUGGAGAAGAGGAAGAGGAAGAAGAGAUCGUCGUUCCCCUUUCCGGAAAGCAGAAACGGAAAAGGGCAGCAGAACAGGCGAAACCUCGCAAAAAGGUCGUGUUCGCACCAGAACCUAAAUCCUCGAAGCAGGCUCGUUCGGCAGCAAGCAAGACGCCCAAGCUUCGUGACACAGCUGUGAGAUCGAAGAAGAUCGCUGCGAAUGUAGGUAGCAAGUCACAAAAGACGGCUGGUGCUCCGGGACCUGAGGAGUACAACUUUAGCCAGUUUUUCUGAGACGCAGAUCUAUACAUUCGCCAUCCUUCAUUACUGUAGUGUAAUUCACAUGCGACUUGAAUGUGAGCACUCCUCAUGGAGAGGGUGACAGUGUCCUGAGGAACUCUAUGGCAGGAUGUCUAAUCAGGUAACUGCCACUCCUUUUGGGGUUAUCAGCACCGCCUAGAGAAGUUGGAUGUGAACGCUGAACUGUUGAAUCGCGACCACAAUCGUGACACUACUUUCCUCGUGCCUGUCGUUCCGUGUGCAGGUCCACUCUUCUACCGCCGGCGUCAAUUGCGGCCAUCUGACGGGACAUGGGAAAGAAAGAGAAGCUACUGCCCCAUGACGUCGUCACCCAGAGGACCACAUAUAACUGGACGGCGUGCUGGGAAGAACCUCGGUCUCUCUUUUUCUGGACUCAACAACACCUUUUCAUGUGCUGUCUGCUGCGGCAUUUCAUAAUGGGCACGAUAUAAGAGCGCGGCGCCUACUCUGCAUACUUGUACUCACCACUAAUCACACUCACGACCCACAAUGACCAUUUCCGUUUCCCUCGACCCUAUUCCUCUGCGUCCUCAGGACAACAUCAAGACCGGUCGCCCCCCUCUGUUGCAUAAGCUCUCCCGAACGCCUGGGGUGCCCAUCCACGACACCAUGCUCAGCGCCCUUCCCGUCGAACUGCUCGCCGAGAUCUUUCUCCUGUACUGUGGGAGGUUCUGUCCAGUAGGAAGCGCGACCCAAGGGCCGAGGCUGCUGCUUCGGGUCAGCAAAUCGUGGAGAGAUCUGGCCAUUGACUCGCCGCACCUCUGGUCGUCCUUUUCGCUCGACGUCCGGCCUGGAUCUAGGCGGUGCGAUGAGCCCAUCGACGAGCUUGCACGGUGGAUCAGACGCUCUCGGCGGAUUCCGCUCGAUUUCAAAGUGCACUACCCGGUUAUGGACAGCACGGCCACGGUGCUCUUCGGGCUCCUGAUCGACGCCUCAGCCCGGUGGCGCGAUGUGCGCAUCCACGCACCCAACGCGUGUCUCGCCCCGUUGUGUGAUCUCGACGGCGCGAGAUUGCCUUUGCUGCGAAAGUUCAAGCUGGAGACCGCCGUCGCAUUCACGCUGGCGCCCGCGAGUCUGCGCAUCCGGUGGGACCAGAUAUCGACGCUGGAUCUGUUCGUGAUUCCUGUGCCGACGCUCGAUCAGAUCCUGUGCAUCCUGCGCGAGGCGAAGGCGCUUCGCCGCUGCCGGACGAAUGCGUUGUGCGUGCUGGAAGACACGCAGCCGGAGGAUGAGGACAUCCGCCUUCCAUAUCUGUCGCAUUUUGAGCUCAAGCUGUACGGCAGCAGGAAUGGAACGGAUGCCCAAAGCGACCUUCUCUCUGUGCUGAACAGGCUUUCCGUGCCGGCACUGUCGUGUCUGGGCAUCAGCUGGGCCGUCUCGCAGGCCUCGUACCGGGGCUUUGACGGCCCGACUGCUGAUGGAUUCGCGCAGUUUCUGGCUCGGUAUGGGCGGCGCCUCCAGCGCCUGAGCCUGGCGUACCUCCCGCUGGACACGCACCAGCUGCUGCGGUGUUUGCGCGUGGUGCCCAAUCUGACGUUCCUGGGCAUCUCGCUGUCGCAGGCCGACGCUGCGCACGACAGCAUCAACGACGAAUUCCUCAGCGCACUGUCGGCCGACGGGGGUCUGCUCCCAGCGCUGAAGAGCGCCUGGCUCGAGAGCCACGGCGGGGCCUUCGACGACGCCGCGUUGCUUGCGUUUCUGGCCUCCCGAUGGAGAUACUCCCCCUCCGCGUCAGGCUGUCUGGAGUCGUUGGACAUCGUUGCGCCCCUCCGACGGGCGGAAUAUCGUCCCCUGCACUUCUCGGACUCCAGGCGCGGCCGGCUCCAAGUCUCGGCACGACUCAAAGCCGAGCGCUAUAUGUUACCAGUCCUCCUCUCGUUUAUGCUGUACGAUUUCACGGACAAGAUGAUAUGUUUUACGAACAAGGACUUUCCGCCGGACAUUCGGUCGUUACUGGUUUUGGUGUAGUUGCGUUAUUGACGAGCUUCUGUCGCUGCGAGCAAGUAUGUAGUCUGGAAUGAUAUGAGUCGCGGCAGUCAGAGUAUCUGAACGGGUCAAGGCAGCCUUCAAUGCUUGCAUAUCGCGGC